AUGGCUGGUCCCUCAAACCUCAAAACUCUCAACUCCAUUCAUAUUUCCCCUAACAUCAUCAAACCACAAUCUCCUUCCACACCCUCAUCUUCCUCCAUAACCAACUCCAUGAAACUCAAAACCCUCCUCCAAACCUUCGUGUUCUCGCACGUCUACCGAGUGGCGCGUGCCCUCACCCGAGCAAAAUCCGUCAUAAUCGAGCUACUACGCCACAUGCACUAUAUCCGUAUUCUAGAACUUUCUCGGAAGAAGAGGAGCAAGAAGAGCGGCCAGAAGAAGUUGUUUUUCGGUUCUUUUCGGCUGCAUUACAAUUGGUGCUCUUCCGAUUCCAGCUCGUACGUUUGCUACGACUCGAGCUGGAACUCGGGCUUUCAGAAAAUGACGAGGGUGGGCCCGGAUUUCGACGAGGUUCGGUUGGAGUCUAUGAAUAGUGAGCUGUCAAAAUACUUGCAGUGGCUUGAGGAGAAAGGUUGUGGUGGUUAUGAUGGUGAUGGUGAUGAGGGUAUUGAGAUCGAUAAGCUUGCUGAUUUGUUUAUUGCCAAUUGCCAUGAGAAAUUCAGGCUGGAAAAACAGGAGUCUUAUAGAAGAUUUCAGGAGAUGAUGGCUAGAAGUGUAUAA